UGCAGAGCGAACACCUGGGACCAUCCGGCUGAACAAACAAUAAAGUGACUAUAAGAAGGCGUUGGAUCAGAAGCUAAACCAGAUCAGUAGCGAUGCACAUCUAUUCCAUUGCCCUUGUAGUGCUCUUGGCAGGUUGCGGCCUAGCCGGAAAAUGCGGCGGCGGCAGAGCCCAGACUCAUGUCUACCGACCAGUCUACACACCACUUGCCACAGCCAGCAGCGGAUAUUCAACUAAAUCCAAGCUCAGUGCCGCCGAAAGCUCAGAAAAUGCACAAUCUCAGGAAGCUUCUAACAAGGGAUACUCCAAGGUAGCUUCAGGUUACCCUGGUUACUAUCCUAGUGUUAUUGGAGGAGGUGCUUAUGCUGAAUCCGGUUACGACCAAAGCGCCAAAUCCGCUUCCUCGUCCAAGGCCAGCCGUUCUCUGAACAAAGCAGACUCUACCACUGCAUAUAACAACGGAGUUGUCGCACCUGGUGUUUGGGGUCCAGCUGUUGUUGGCGGUUCAGGUUACUCCACCAAGUCUAAGCUUAACGCUGCUGAAAGUUCUGAAAACGCAAGAUCCCAAGAAUCUUCCAACAAGGGAUACUCCAAGGUCGCUUCUGGUUACCCCGGUUAUGGCGUUAUUGGAGGAGGUGCUUAUGCUGAAUCCGGUUACGACCAAAAGGCCAAAUCCGCAUCUUCUUCCAAGGCCAGCCGUUCUUUGAACAAAGAAGACUCUACCACUGCAUAUAACAACGGAGUUGUCGCACCAGGUGUUUGGGGACCAGCUGUUGUUGGCGGUUCAGGUUACUCCACCAAGUCUAAGCUUAACGCUGCUGAAAGUUCUGAAAACGCAAGAUCCCAAGAAUCUUCCAACAAGGGAUACUCCAAGGUCGCUUCAGGUUACCCCGGUUAUGGCGUUAUUGGAGGAGGUGCUUAUGCUGAAUCCGGUUACGACCAAAAGGCCAAAUCCGCAUCUUCUUCCAAGGCCAGCCGUUCUCUGAACAAAGAAGACUCUACCACUGCAUAUAACAACGGAGUUGUCGCACCAGGUGUUUGGGGGCCAGCUGUUGUUGGCGGUUCAGGUUACUCCACCAAGUCUAAGCUUAACGCUGCUGAAAGUUCUGAAAACGCAAGAUCCCAAGAAUCUUCCAACAAGGGAUACUCAAAGGUUGCUUCAGGUUACCCCGGUUAUGGCGUUAUUGGAGGAGGUGCUUAUGCUGAAUCCGGUUACGACCAAAAGGCCAAAUCCGCAUCUUCUUCCAAGGCCAGCCGUUCUUUGAACAAAGAAGACUCUACCACUGCAUAUAACAACGGAGUUGUCGCACCUGGUGUUUGGGGUCCAGCUGUUGUUGGCGGUUCAGGUUAUUCCACCAAGUCUAAGCUUAACGCUGCUGAAAGUUCUGAAAACGCAAGAUCCCAAGAAUCUUCCAACAAGGGAUACUCCAAGGUCGCUUCAGGUUACCCCGGUUAUGGCGUUAUUGGAGGAGGUGCUUAUGCUGAAUCCGGUUACGACCAAAAGGCCAAAUCCGCAUCUUCUUCCAAGGCCAGCCGUUCUUUGAACAAAGAAGACUCUACCACUGCAUAUAACAACGGAGUUGUCGCACCAGGUGUUUGGGGACCAGCUGUUGUUGGCGGUUCAGGUUACUCCACCAAGUCUAAGCUUAACGCCGCUGAAAGUUCUGAAAAUGCAAAAUCCCAAGAAUCAUCUAACAAGGGAUACUCCAAGGUCGCUUCAGGUUACCCCGGUUAUGGUGUUAUUGGAGGAGGUGCUUAUGCUGAAUCCGGUUACGACCAAAAGGCCAAAUCCGCAUCGUCUUCCAAGGCCAGCCGUUCUUUGAACAAAGAAGACUCUACCACUGCAUAUAACAAUGGAGUUGUCGCACCAGGUGUUUGGGGUCCAGCUGUUGUUGGUGGUUCAGGUUACUCCACCAAGUCUAAGCUUAACGCCGCUGAAAGUUCUGAAAACGCAAGAUCUCAAGAAUCUUCCAACAAGGGAUACUCCAAGGUCGCUUCAGGUUACCCCGGUUAUGGUGUAAUUGGAGGUGGUGCUUAUGCUGAAUCCGGUUACGACCAAAAGGCCAAAUCCGCAUCUUCUUCCAAGGCCAGCCGUUCUUUGAACAAAGAAGACUCUACCACUGCAUAUAACAACGGAGUUGUCGCACCAGGUGUUUGGGGUCCAGCUGUUGUUGGCGGUUCAGGUUACUCAACUAAGUCUAAGCUUAACGCCGCUGAAAGUUCCGAAAACGCACAAUCCCAAGAAUCUUCUAACAAGGGUUACUCCAAGAUUGCUUCAGGUUAUCCCAGUUACGGUAUUUAUGGUGGUGGUGCCUAUUCUGAAUCUGGUUACGACCAAAGCGCCAAAUCUGCUUCCUCUUCUAAGGCCAGCCGUUCCUUGAACAAAGAAGAGUCUGCCUCUGGUUACAGCCAAGCUGCAUACCCAAGCUACUCUCUCUAUGGAUGGGCUUAA